UGGUGUUUCAUAAAGAAAGUAUGCAUAUUAUCUCUGUUCCCCCCCGCCAUUAAAUCGAUGUCUUUGCAGCCUUAUUUAGAAUGUUUUACGUACGAACCGGUCUAAGGGAGAUACACAAAGUCAUAAACCAGCCUAUUUCUACAAUGUAUCUUCUUACAUUUUUAUUUGAAAUCUAACCAGAACCACACUGCUGACUGUAUGUCUAACCUUAACCCCAAAUUAAUACCAAAUAGCACAUUUUGGUUUUCAUAUAUUUUUACGAUAUAGCCCAUUUUGACUUUGCCGCUGGCCAUCUACUAGCUAGGUGGAUACCCAUGCCAAAAAUUUGUUCUAUCUGUUCCGAUACCGGCCAAUCCAAAAUGGCGACCGCCGUUCCAGUUGAUUCGGGAUUGACUGCUCCGACAGACAUUAGGACUCAGUUCUGGAGGAGAGCCUUGCAGAGAGGGUCCAGUGCGUCUCGGAAAGUGGCAUCCCCCGAGAUGCCUGGAUCAAGUCAGAGUAUGAAGAAGACCAUUGGACACAGAGGAGUUGAGACGAACACUGGAGAGACCACCUAUAAGAAGACUACGUCGUCAGCCCUGAAAGGAGCAAUUCAGCUGGGCAUCACUCACACUGUGGGCAGCCUGAGUCAGAAGGCUGAGAGGGAUGUUCUCAUGCAGGACUUUGUGGUGGUCGAGAGCAUCUUCUUCCCUAGUGAAGGCAGUAACCUGACCCCUGCCCACCACUACAGUGAUUUCAGGUUUAAGACCUACGCCCCCAUCGCCUUCCGCUACUUCAGAGAACUCUUUGGCAUCCGUCCAGACGACUACCUGUACUCUCUGUGUAACGAUGGCCUGAUAGAGCUGUCUAACUCCGGCGCCAGUGGCUCUCUCUUCUACGUGUCCAGUGAUGAUGAGUUCAUUAUCAAGACAGUGCAGCACAAAGAGGCUGAGUUUCUCCAGAAGCUACUACCAGGAUACUUUAUGAACCUGAAUCAGAACAAACGGACCCUGCUCCCUAAGUUCUACGGUCUGUACUGCAUCCAGGCGGGAGGGAAGAACAUCCGCCUGGUGGUGAUGAACAACCUGCUGCCCCGCGUGGUCCACAUGCACCAUAAGUACGACAUGAAGGGUUCCACCUAUAAGAGACGGGCCUCAGCCAAGGAGAGGGACAAGACUUUUCCCACCUUUAAAGACCUGGACUUCAUCCAGGACCUGCCUGAUGGACUACUGCUGGAGACGGACAACUACAACGCCCUUAGCAAGACCAUCCAGAGAGACUGCCUGCUCCUGCAGAGUUUUAAAAUCAUGGACUACAGUCUACUGGUGGGGAUCCAUAACCUGGAGCAGGCUAGUAGAGAGAGGGAGCGAGGUGGGGGGCAGAUGGGGGACAGUGGGGGGUCAGAGGGGGCGGUGACCCCAGACCAGCGCCGACCCCAGGCCCAGAAAAGUCUAUACUGCACAGCCAUGGAGUCUAUACAGGGAGAGGCCCGCGGGAAGGGAGCCCUGGAGUCUGAGGACCAUAUGGGCGGGAUCCCAGCCAGGAACUCUAAAGGAGAGAGGUUGCUGGUCUUUAUCGGCAUCAUCGACAUUCUGCAGUCUUACAGGUUCAUCAAGAAGUUGGAACACUCGUGGAAGGCCCUCGUCCAUGAUGGGGAUACAGUGUCGGUGCACAGACCAGGCUUCUACGCUGAGCGCUUCCAACAAUUCAUGUGUAACACAGUGUUCAAGAAGAUCCCAUUGAAGCUCUCCCCAUCCAAGAAGUCUCGUGGUGGGGGUCCGGGGGGUCUGAGGAGAGCUCCUACCCUGGGAGGCCCCCCCCUCUCCCACGCUGCUGGACAGUCUGUGGUGGACUCUCGACUCGUCUACCAAUCACACUUCAACAAGGCUGACGCAGAGGGAGACAGUGGCAUGCAGUCGGGCAGGCCAGACCUGGUGCCAAGGACACCUCCCCUGGCGGGAGGGUCAGGGGAUGCAGAGGCCAACUUUUCCACGUCCUCAUUAGGAAGCACAGGACUCACCUCCUCCUCUCCUCUGCUACAGUCAGUAGGGGUUGAGGUACAUAGAGCAGUAACAAGCACAGACCAAGACCACGGUGUCUCCCACAGUAUGGGUGCGGAAGUGGAAGCGUCAGGUGAUCAGUCGGGUAAUGAAGAUGCCAUCUCACUAUCAGACAUUGUCCCAGAGACUAACAUCUGCUUUUAACAACUGAUCUGGAGUCAUCUGAGGAAAAGGUGAUUCUGGAACCAAGGAGAUGCUGGAUUAAACCCAUUGCAGCGUCUGGUGACUUGACUGGACCACAGCACAACAGACACCUCACCCUUUGGUGCUCAAAGGGCGGUACACUUGCAACACAGACACUACAGAACAUAUGAACUAAUGCAAUAUGAACAAGUCUGCCAUCUUAAAGUUUCAAGAAUCGUAUUUAUUGUAUUUGUAUUAUGACCUUGUAGCCUGAAAUGAUUCAUAAGUUGUACAUGUAGAUGAUUGUACGUAUAAUAAUGUAUUCUUCUGACAGGAAAUGUCAGACUUAAGUAGUGUAUUGCAUAUGGGAGGGGAUUGUUUGACAAUUUCACUUUUUAUAUUUCAUGCUUGAUUUUGAUAGUGAUAUAUUCUCCAUUGUUCUGGGGCAAGGAUGUCCCAUGCUUUUCUACGUUGAAUGUUUCACACAGCCUCCGAGCCAAUGUUGCUGGUUACCGUCUAUGCUUCAAUUACUCUAUUUUUACUCUGCCUGUAUAAAAUAUGUAUAUAGUAGUCACGGAAAUGCCUUCUCAUGCUGCCUGUUCCUUCUACCAUCUUUCAGUGAUGUAAUGUUUUUCAUAUUGGCUCUGAUUUUAGAAUAAACUUAUUUUCUAAAUGUU